AUGCGGGGAUGGGCAUACGGUAGCGGUACAGUGUCUGGCAACGAUGUAGAGGUUGUCUUUGCAGGUUCUGUAAGCUCUGUUUACGGUUCAGCUAUGGCUCUAGAUGAGAUCAACAUUGAGUUUGGGGCAUGCCCACCGCCAGGAUACUGUACAUUUGAGAGCCUGCAUUGUGGGUGGACCAACGCUGUCAAUGAUGAUUUUGAUUGGCUGCUUCACUCUGGAGCCACGCCCAGUGAUAGCACGGGACCUCCAUUUGACCACACCCUCGGAACCAUCCAAGGUCACUAUGUUUAUAUCGAGACCUCAAACACAGCAACCAAUGAGACGGCUAGGCUUGGUUCUGAAGUAUUCUCGGCCACGCCCACAGGAUGUUUCACUUUUUGGUAUCACAUGUUUGGUGCAGAUAUGGGCACACUAAACAUAUUCCUGCAAGAGUUGCCCAGUGGCCCCGAGUCUCUGAUCUGGACUAUGAGCGGUGACCAGGGUGAUCAGUGGCUUCUCGGGCAAGUCGACGUAACAACGGGCUACGAACAUACCAUCGUCUUUGAGGCCAUUGAUUCGUCAAGUUUCACCGGGGAUAUAUCUCUGGAUGACAUCAACUACCUGCCGCGGUCGUGCAGUAGUAGCCCCCCAACCACCACAUCGGUAACACCGGUAACAAGACAACCUAGCCUAUGGGAUUGCAGCUUUGAAGGGGGUUCCCUGUGCAGCUGGGUGCAGGCUACUAACGACGAUUUUGAUUGGUCGUUGCAACAGGGUAGCACAACCAAUGACGGGACCGGACCAUCCGCUGAUCACACCUUGCAAAACAAGAACGGUUAUUAUGCUAUGAUUGACUCUAGCAGCCAAGCCGGGGACCAAAAGGCUCGGGUAUACAGUGAUCUUAUACCGCCACCUGCCGUCUCAUCUUGUAUAGAGUUUUGGUAUUUCAUGUACGGAUUCCAUGUCGACACACUCAACAUUGGUACUGGCAUUGAUGACGGUGUAACAGAUGGUGGAAUCUUAUGGACCCGUUCAGGAGAGCAAGGCUACCAAUGGGUGCACGGCCAGGUCCCCUUCGCUACCAACGCCAUCUACCAGAGGGUCUACAUUGAGGGUGUGGCCGGAGACGGUUACCAAGGCGACAUAGCCAUUGAUGACGUCAUAAUAUCAGAUGGGCCUUGCCCUGAGCUAUUGUUUUGUGAUUUUGAGGAUCUCGACAUUUGCAACUACAUCAACGACAACACGGAUUCUGUGGACUGGACUAGAGAGAAUGGAAGAGCGUCCAUUGCGUUUGGGCCACCUAUAGACCAUUCACUUGGAACUAACGAUGGAUUCUACAUGCGAGUCAACACCGGACAGCGCCCUCAAGUAGGAGAUAAUGGUCGACUUCUCUCACCUCCUUACCCUAAACCGUUGAGUGGGUAUAGGUGUGUCGAGUUCUGGUAUUCAUUGAGUGAUAUUUUCGGUAUUUUCACCGUGCAGGCAUUGUAUUACGACAGUGCAGGGCAGCUCCUGCCCACUUCGACAAUGCGGAGUUUUACCGACCCCACCUCAGGAUUCUGGAGGAAGGGAUCCCUGGAGAUACCUUCGACCUACCAGAACGUCUUCACCUUCAAGAUUGAUGUCCAGUCCGCCCUUCUUGAUGAAUACAUCGCACUUGACGAUGUAAUGGUCAACGAUGGACAGUGCACUGGGCUACCAGGAACCUGCAAUUUUGAGGUCGACACCUGCGAUUGGUCCAACGUCCAAACCGGCGACGAAAUCGACUGGUUACGUCACAGCGGGUCAACGGGAAAUGCCAACACCGGCCCGACCUUUGACCACACUACCGGGACGCCCUCUGGCUGGUACAUGUACAUCGAUUCGGCUCGUGGCGGUCAGGGAAGUCGUGCGCGGUUCGAGUCUUCGAGUAUUGAUUCGUCCAAUGGUGUUGCCUGCUUCUCUAUGUGGUAUCACAUGGUGGCUAGUGGCAAUAGCUUUGGCACGAUGAAUGUUGCAUGGGAGACUGCUGAUAGAACAGAAAUCUUACUGGCUUACACUGGCUCCCUGCCCGACCAAUGGAACUAUGCUGAACUAGACAUCCAGACUUCAACUCAGUACAGGAUCCUCAUAGAGGGCGUCCUAUCAGACCAAGGUUCUUGUGACAUCGCCAUAGAUGAUCUGAUACUGUUUAAUGGAGCGUGUAGCGGUAGGACCUCUGAGCCUCCCUUCACCUGUGGCGAUGGUGCUCAGUCUGUCCCUGGGAACCUGGUCUGUGAUUGGUUUCCUGAUUGCCAAGACAACUCGGAUGAAGCAAACUGUGGUCCCUGCACAUUUGAAGUAGACCAGUGCAGUUACACGAACGACCAGGCCGGUCUGUUUCCAUGGAUACUCCAGGGUGGGUCAGCCACGCCCCCUCCAAGCCUUCCUCUCCCGAGCUACGACCACACAACGGGGUCUGGUUACUUUAUGGUGGUAGACUACACAGCGCAGUCGCAGUCCAGUGACUAUGCCAGGCUGCAAGGGCCGCUCAUACAGGAGAUGAGUGCAAGAUGCUCUAUGACUUUUUACUAUGUUCUCAGCGGUCAAAGUGACCUAAUGGUGUCUUACAAGACAUCCCCUACUGAAGAAACCAUUAUCUAUCGCCGAUCAGAGGCCCGGGGAACCGCCUGGCAGCAAGCAGUUUUAUAUACCGGUCGCAUCCAAAAUCAGCACACGAUCAACUUUCUAGCCCUACCCGACCUCAGCAACCCCGGCAUCAUCGCCAUCGACGACGUCUUCUUCAGUAGCUGCUCGCUACCUCGACCCGAGACAUCGUGCGAGAUCGAUGAGUUCAGAUGCUCCAACAGAGCCUGCAUCAAGCUCGAGUUUCUUUGCGAUUUCGAUGACGACUGCGGAGAUUAUUCUGAUGAGCUUCAAUGCGACUCCACGUCCUUCACCAGCCGAUGUGAUUUCGAGACUGACCUCUGCUCCUUCUCAACUCUGUCUGGAGACUUCAGCUGGACUCGUACAACAGCCGCGCUAGCCCCUGACCAGUCGUACGCCCCUACCCGAGAUCAUACUACGAAUAACAAAGGCGGAUUUUACCUCUUGGCUGAUAGUAUUGGUAGACAGAGGGGCGAUGUAGCGAGGGUCGUGUCCCCGGUGUUUGAGGCGACGGGGUUGAUCACUACUUGCUCUAUGCGGUUCUUCUUCUCAGCAUUCGGGCCUGACGUGGGGGUAUUCAACAUCUAUACCCGAUACACCGUAGGGGGACCACUGACCCUGAUCAGAAGCAUUAUUAACUACGCCAUUGAUAGCUUCACAUUCUUCACGGAGUCCAUCGUUACAACGUCUGAUUACCAGGUUGUCAUCGAAGCCGUGGUCGGCGACGGACAGAGUGCGACCAUCGCCAUCGACGAUAUCAGCUUCUUGAACUGCGCUCUUUCGACUCAGACCUCCCUCCCAGGGGGUACGACACCCCCGAUCCCCACGACACCGCCCGCCUGCCCCGCCCCUGGAGACUUCAGCUGCGGUGAAGGGACCUGUGUACAACAAAGUCAAGUGUGCGAUUUUUUCAAGCAGUGCCCGAACGGCGCUGAUGAAACAAUUUGUGGGAAUUGUGAGUUUGAUAAUGAUUUCUGUCGGGGAGAUAACUUUGGAUGGCAGCGGACUCAAGCAGGAUCGGGAGGAGACUCGUUGGACCGUGAUCACUUCAAUGAUCCUCUCGAGACAGGCUGGUACCUACAAAACAUCUUCGGUUACAACUCCUUCGUGACCCCUGACAUAGGGCCGACCGGGUCACGAUGUCAGGUCACCUUCUAUUACUACAUGAGUAGUGACCUGGAGCUACUGGAAUUGAGGGCCUAUCUCCUAGACGGGGAUCAGAUAUUCUUGGAGAGGGGAUCUGAGAACCCCAAUACAUGGCAGCAAGGGACUGGAUUUAUUGGACAACAUAACGGCAGGAUACAGGUGAGCUUCGACCAUAUAUACCUGAAUCCUGUUCAGCCCACCACGUAUACCGUAGCACUGGAUGGAAUCUCUUUCUUGAACUGCGCAGCAAAUCAAACUAUAUCAUCAGAUUUGAACUGUACCUUCGAACAAGAUUUAUGUGGGUACUUCCAAACUCCGAAUCCAGAAGAUGAAUUUGAUUGGAUUAGGAAUAGUGGAUCUACAGGAACGAGCACUACGGGACCAUCUUUUGAUCACACUACAGGAUCAGGAUAUUACAUGUACACUGAGAUGAACGGAAACUCUAACGGCGAGAAGGCCCGCCUCGAGUCACAUCCGCAAUCACCCCCGGGCGAUAAUGGAAUCUGCCUGAGUUUCUAUUACCAUAUGUAUGGGCCUCACGUGGACACGUUCAAUGUGCUGCUCAAAGAGGGGAGUUUAGAGACGCUGAUCUGGACGCGAAAGCAGACGCAGGGAAAUCAAUGGUUGUUGGCCCAGAGAACUAUCAAAACAAUUUCGAGUUGGGCGGUUGUCUUCGAGGCAUUCCGUGGGGCAAAUAAAUACGGGGAUAUUGCAAUAGAUGACGUCAUAUUCUACCCAGGACCCUGCCCUCUCUCAAAUGAGUGUGAUUUUGAGGUUGGACUUUGCUCAUGGACCCAGGGAAGAAACGACGACUUUGAUUGGUCAAUAGGUAGCAAUGGUUCUCCCCCUACUGAUCACACGACUGGAACAGCUUCAGAUGACCUCGCCAUAGGUAAAAAUGUUAGGAAUAGGCGGGGACCUUUUAAAGCUUCUAACCCAGAGGCUUGA